UUACACAGACUGCACACCGCCUGGGGAAUAAUGCAGUAAAGGAAGUGAGCCGGCUCGGCCUGACUGCUCCAACUUCCUGCUCUCACACACACCAGAGGGGGAAAAAAAAAGAAAGAGGAGCGAGAGAAAGAAAAAAAAAAGGGGGGAAAAAUCAGGAUCUCAUUACAAGAGCCACAGACCGUCUGCAGACGCCUGUCAGCAUGGAAAGUCGGGGGAUUUCGCCCGGGUCCUCCUAGAAAUUCCCCCGGAGAAGGAUCUUGAAAGCUCCCCCACAUCUGGGUAUGGAGAGUGCAAUCACGCUGUGGCAGUUCCUGUUGCAGUUGCUGCUGGACCAGAAACACGAGCAUCUGAUCUGCUGGACCUCCAACGAUGGUGAAUUCAAGCUCCUCAAAGCAGAAGAAGUGGCCAAGCUGUGGGGACUCCGCAAAAACAAGACAAACAUGAACUAUGACAAGCUGAGCAGAGCGCUGCGAUACUAUUAUGACAAGAAUAUCAUCAAGAAGGUGAUUGGGCAGAAGUUUGUGUACAAGUUCGUCUCUUUCCCAGAGAUCCUCAAGAUGGAUCCUCACGCGGUGGAGAUCAGUCGAGAGAGCCUUUUGCUGCAGGACAGUGACUGCAAGGUGCCUCCCGAGGGCCGCGAGGCACACAAACACGGCUUGUCCGCCCUCAAAAGCACGAGCCGCAAUGAAUACAUCCACUCAGGCCUGUACUCGUCCUUCACCAUUAAUUCCCUGCAGAACCCUCCGGAGGCCUUCAAGGCCAUCAAGACAGAGAAGCUGGAGGAGCCGCCUGAGGACAGUCCCCCUGUGGAAGAAGUCAGGACUGUGAUCAGGUUUGUGACCAAUAAAACCGAGAAGCACAUCACCAGGCCGGUGGUGUCCCUGCCUUCCACGCCUGAGGCUGCUGCGGCGUCUGCCUUCCUGGCCUCGUCCGUCUCAGCCAAGAUCUCCUCUUUAAUGUUGCCAAAUGCUGCCAGCAUCUCCUCGGCCUCACCCUCCUCUUCUAGGUCCCCAUCCCUGUCCCCCAACUCACCGCUCCCUUCUGAACACAGAAGCCUCUUCCUGGAGGCUGCCUGCCAUGACUCGGAUUCCCUGGAGCCCUUGAACCUGUCGUCAGGCUCCAAGACCAAGUCUCCAUCUCUUCCCCCAAAGGGCAAAAAGCCCAAAGGCUUGGAAAUCUCUGCACCCCCGCUGGUGCUCUCCGGCACCGACCUUGGCUCCAUCGCUCUCAACAGCCCAGCCCUGCCCUCGGGAUCCCUCACCCCAGCCUUCUUCACUGCACAGACACCAAAUGGAUUGCUUCUGACCCCGAGUCCACUGCUCUCCAGCAUACAUUUCUGGAGCAGCCUUAGUCCGGUCGCUCCACUGAGUCCUGCCAGGCUGCAAGGGCCAAACACGUUGUUCCAGUUCCCCACACUGCUUAACAGCCACAUGCCAGUGCCAAUCCCCAGUCUGGACAGAGCUGCUUCUCCAGUACUGCUUUCUUCAAGCUCUCAGAAAUCCUGAUGAUGUCUGGCUACAACUAAGAACUCAUUAACUGAUCAAAUUGUCCCCAUGGGCUAGUUUACCUGUGUCAUGAGAAGGACUUCGUGAAACCCUCUGUUAAUUUGGUUUGCACUUUUCAUAUCAUGGAUAGUCUACAUUUAUGUUAGCAUUUAAAAAACUUUUUUAUAUAUUCAAGUAUAUAUGGAAAUCUGUUUUGCAUUAAGUGAAUUUUAAUGUUUUUGUUUUUAUAUCCUCUUAGCUCUUAAGUGUUGAGCACUGUUGACAGUGAAGAACUUAAUGUUUUCAAUAUAACUAAUAAGGAUGUGAACCUUUUUUUCUCCUUAAUUCUGCGUAUGCUGAACUGUGCUUAUAUUCACACUAUAACCAGCUGUGCCUUCCUUUGCAUUUAGUUUUAUGUAAAUGAUUUAUAUAUUUUUUAGUAUUAAGAGAAAAUGUUUGAAAGACAAAAAUUACUAUCAAACAGCUCUUUAGUAGAAUUUCAUUAUUUUUCACAAGUAGGCAAAAAUAUGAAAGCAUAUUCGUAUCACUUUUUCCUUUUUGCUUUCAGUUGUAUGAGAAUUGCCUUAGAAUCUUUUGAAUUGAAAUUCAGUAAAUGUAAUGUCCAAGUAACAUUUUUAUAAAAAUAAACUAAGCCAUAUUUAGACAAUAAACAUUCAUAAAAGAAAAUGUUCUAAAGUGCAUUUUUUAAACUUUGAAGCCUCUUAGAUGUCCAUAAUGUCUUUUCUCCUCCCUAACAAAAAUCUGAAAUGGAAAAAGUUACCAGUCCAUAUCAUCUAAACUACUAUAGUAUUUCUUAAGUUAGCGUAUUCUAAUUUCAAAAGAUUAGCCCUGGUUCUUCCAAGAGAAAAAUCACAUCCACACGAUAUAUUUACUCUAUUAAUAGGAAUUAGGGUUUCUCUAAAUACCUGGAACCUAAUUAACAUUUUGAAAGCAGCUCACUGGUGCCAACUUAAACAACAAAGAAGCAAUUUUGUAAAACCUUCAUAAGGACAGAUAUUCACAAUUUUUGAUGGAUCAAAAAAUGUACUAUAACAGAAAUACAGUACUAUAGGUAUUGAAGGCAUUGCUUGUGGAAACUGAGACAUAGGAUAAACUGCUUUGUAUUUUACUUUUUAUGGUGAGAAUGGAAGAAAACUUGACAAAAUUCUUCAGGAAUCUCAUCACUGUGGAACUAACUGAAGAUAUAACACAGAAAUUCUUUUGUGUAGUAUAGUUUAGAACAGUGAUAAAAGAAACAUUUUCUGUUCUAUUAAAAAGAAAAAAAUCAGUAGGCACCAUUCCAGAGGCACCACAC